CGAACACUGUAAGUGGGAACACCUUGCGUGAUACAAAUAUGUUUAAGGCUAGUCAAUUUUUAAAGUUUGUUGUACUAAGGUUACGACACCAUAUUGUAUAGCAGACUAAGCUUCCUCCUGAACAUUUUUUCAUGAAGUUGUUACAUAUCUAUCAUAGACUGACUUUUGUAAAUAUUCUAUACAAGACCAUAUCAUUUAACCUUUGUCAGUUUUCAUCUCCUGCUCGGGCUAAUUAAAAUACAAAUGCUUAAUUGACAGCAGACAUAUCACUUAAUAUCUAAACCUUCGGUCUCUAAAGCCUUUCUACUUACCACAGUUACUGAUUUUAGUAUUAAGGCAGUUAAUAAUAAACGACAACUAUGUACUCAUUUAUUCGAUUUAUUUAGACAAACUCUAUACUCGCUCAGCUUUUAAUUGUGGCUAAUAACCCCAGUAAAUAGUUAAAAUAUCGCUGAUUUCUGAACCAACCAAAAGGUCGAAAUCUGUAAUCCCUAUAUCUGACGAAUCAGUACUUGGCAAAGUCAAACAUUCAUCUUCUGAACUCUGUGCCUCUUAUCUACAUAUAUCACUACUCGAUUUUUCGAGUGACGUUCCGUCCAUCCCUUUUUGCGGUAUGCCAGCAGCAAGACCAAUUUUGGGGAAGCCGCUAUAGAAACGUUUGGGGAAAUGAUACCAAAACCCCAAAAUUUCCCUGUAACCUGGGUGAAGAUCAUUUGUCUUUGAGGAUAUCCCCGAAAUUCCUCAAACUUUGGAGAUCGGGACCGGUUAAUAUAACACAUAUAGUACCAACAUACACUGACAUGUUAACACAAUGUACCCAUCAGUAUAAUUUACUUAGGUCAAAAAUAAGAAUCUCACAAACUGCGGCAUCUAAUAUUCGGACACCAAAAUGCUGAUUUCUAUAGUGGCGAUACAAGGCAGAUAGGAAACUCACUUGCUGAAAUUAACAAUAGUCUUAAUCAGUUAGCAUCCUCCACGCAUAUACGGGCUUUAAAUAAUAAUAAAAACUCCAAACACCACUAAAACCGAAUGAAUCAUUUGGUUCGUGCCUGGAGAAGCAACGAAAAGAGUGGUGUCUUCCUACAAUGUGGUCGCCUACAAUGGCACUGACCACACACCCCACCAAGCUAAGGAAUAUUAGCCCUCGAAAAUGUUGUGCUGAACUUCAGUUGCCAAUUCGUUCGCUAUAGAAAAAAGUUAGAUGAGUCAACAUGCUCCCUUCUGUUUAAAUUUAGCUGUUGUAACGAUGCUAAACAGUUGGUAAAUUCGAGUAAAAAUAUUAGUUCGUUUAUUCCAUGUAAAACGUAAGAGCCACUCAGAGACAACACCUUGUCAGCGUCGUGUAAGAAGACGGAGAGCUGGGAUCACAUGAUCUAGUUACAGCAAAUAAUCAACUAGAGACAACCUCUAACACUGUGAAGAGUAUCAAACACGUCUAUCGUCAGUGUGAUGUGAAUACGCAGACGAUGUUACUCUGAAGAUUUAGAUGAGUCUGCAGAAAAUAAAAUUUCGAAUAAAUUAAAGAAUCAAGAAAAAAACCUAGAAAACAUAGCGACAUUUACGAUUCUAGUAUGGGCUGUUCGACUAGUAAAGUGCUUAAAUAUAAGUCAUAUGACGAGACGUAAACCAAGUCGAUUUUCAAAAAGACAGACGUACGUUUCAAGCUAGCUAUGACGUUGUGAAUAAGUGGUAGGGAAUUGUGAUUAAGUGUCGUUCUCAUUCUGAUUCACCGAUAAUCACCAGUUGGAUGCUAAUCACUUGUCUUUUCAAGGGACUAUAUCCUAGGGUGAUGCCUAUGGGCUGUUUGAUGAUAGGGUACUUAACAAGUCUACCAAAUGCUCGAAUUUGUUUAUUGCAAAUCUUAGCACUUUGGGAGUCAGUCCGUGCGCUUUCAAAAAUCCAGGUGGUCCUGUAGUCGUGACGUGGUAUGUAACAUUUAUGAUCAUACAUGGUAGUUCAGUUGUGUUUUGUAAUGCUUGGAGUACUUAUCGAGUGUCUGUUGAAAGUAUAAGUUCACUGUUUAUUCAUGACAAAGCCCAUCAGUGAUGUAUAGCAAACGACUAAAUUCAUCAGUCACAGCCGCUGUUAUCGUGUGGCGGUUAAAAUGUUUCGCGGAAGGUUUGGGGUUGACAAGACUGCAGAAAUUCUCGAAAUUUUUAAGUGAUUUACCAUAGGUGUUUUGGUGCACACGCCACUCAGGACUAUCUGUUCCUCGUGGUCUCGUUAAGAGUUUCUUUGAGGAUUUUCGGAGCAUCUGCCUUCAUGAUAAACGUUGAGAAAACGAUUAAGAGUACUAUAGAGAUCCGUAAUGUCACUUAUUGUCAUUUGAGGCAUUUCUUGGUCAGAACAAACCUCGAUGUUGGAAGUUGUAGUGAUCUCCAUAAACGAUCGGGAGAUGCAGUCUGCCCAUUUACGACGUUAUUUUGGAAUGGGACGACAGCCCCUUGAACCUGCUAGGAAAGCUUAGAUAAGUUAUCUAAAGAGGUCCUAGUCGAAAAUUCACUACCCAAAGACCUACCACAUAUGUAACAACGUACCUGUUAUUGAGCUGCAUUGCAAUUCGAUAUGCGGCGAGCCAAUACAAAUAUGAGAAUAUCUUAACUUAUUUAAUGCUCCUAAACAUAUACAAAGAUGAGUUAAUAGAACACAAAGAAGUUAUACAAAAUAUAUAAGAAUUACUUGCUAUUGUUAGAAGGGUGUGUUUACGGGUCCGUGACUGAUAUUGGUUAACAGUUGUUUUGAGUUUCAUCUUAACCGUAGAAAAAUGGCCCUUGCUUUGCCAAUUCUUACUGUUAUAUCUGCAUCAACUUCUUGUUCAUCGAUGGUAAUGUCCAGGUACAUAAAAGUUUCUAAUUCUUCGAGAGUUUCUCCAUCAAGUGGGAUCGGGUUUAGAGGAAGAUAAAGAGUGUGUACACCUACGAUAUUGUGAUCGGUUCUGAUCCAUAUCAUCCAGUCUCCAACGAUUGGUUACUAUGGUCACGCGGACCCCAACCAAGUCUAUCUAUCAACAUGGCUCAAACCAGAAGUUAGCGACUUCAAGGAUUGAUGCUACGUUUUGGGUUUAGCCGCUCCUAAGUACUGACAAGAGUUGCAAGCAAUAAAUUAUGUCUAAUAACAAAGCCUGGAAGAACCUAGUAAGUGGUAAAUGCUUGUUUUUUUCCAAAAGCACUAAAAAGAUCUCCAUAAACACUAGACACUCAUUUAUUCACUUACCAUAAUAUAUUAUUUAAUGCCAAAUUGAGAAAAUGGAACUCAAUAAACACUAAACGAUGGUUUGUUCAUUGAACAUCUUCAAAUGUUGGAUUGCAGUUUGAUUUUAAAGUUGCGGAUUGAAUUAUCUGGUUCCGAUUCGAUUUCCAGAUUGUCUUAAUUUAAGGUUUGUUUAGUUGCUGAUUGCUGUCUAUUGAUUUUCUUACUGGAUGUAAGUGCACUUUGUGUUCUAUUUAGCAUCCUCCCCUAGCACCUAAAAUACCAUCUGAUUGGACGCAAACCGUUGCAGAUCUGUAACUGAUUCGAAGCCUCCAGCUAUCAACCUCUAGUUUCAAUUAUCAGCUUAUUAAUUCUAAUGGUUAUCGAUUGCUUUCAAUGUUAAGUGUAAGUGCAUGCUAUGUACCUCCUGAGCUGUCGGCUCACUUCUGUUGUUAUUUUCUUUUCCAGAUUCUCUGCUCCCCACCCACGCAGCUUACAAGGUACCUUCAGGCUAGACACAAACCUACCCAAGGUUGAAUGUUUCAAGUCAUAUGCCUCAAGGUUUGUAUCUAUUCUAUCUAGCUGAUAACUCUCUAUUUAAGAGAAUCGUAUUGAAUUUUUUUGUCAAGAAUGUGAUCCGAAAGUCAACAGGAUAUUAAUUACAGUAUAUAAAGUACCAUGCAGUGCAGAAAUUAUACUAAGAUAACUCCUGCAGAUAUGCUGAUCACAUGCAAAUUAUAUCCAACGCUGUUCAAGAAUGGGAUUCCGCAUUUAUUUCACUCACGAAGUCUUGCAAACACUUAUAUGAAAGUCGUAAGGAAAACAAUCUGCUAGUUGAUGUCCAACCGUGUUUUUCGUUUCCGAUUCUAAACGAACUCAUUGAAACACGCUUAAGUAAUUCCAUGAAAUUAGCUGUUGGCAAAUACCAAGAAAAAUCAUUCGAUGCCAGAGACAAAUUUAAUCAUUCAACGGAUCAUCUAUUUUCUGUUCUAAAUUCAUUUGCCGAGGCCGUUAUAAACCAUUACGUUCUAAACAGUCGCCUUCCUAAAGUUAUCUCAAUUCAAAAUAUCCUGAAUGUAAUAAAUUCCUUUAAAAAUAUGUUGGCUGAUGAGUGCGAUGCAAUCGGAUUAUUCCACUUUAAACAAGUUUUUGAUGAUUCAUUUGACACUAACGACAAGUGGACCAAUUACUUUCUGUCUAGUAAUUCUCUGAGUAAACGUACUUGGUGUAAUGAUUUUAUUGUACAGUUAAAUACCUUGCUAGAUUUUUUGAUAUAAGGCUGUCGACCUAACUAUAGGUUUUUAUUUGGAUGCAGAUGUUAGUGGUGGUAAAGCCCCUGCAGAAAAAUAGCUAUGGAAUAAAUAACUAUACUUGA